UAAACAAGAGUAGUCCAAUCAAAUCCGUUGAAUUGCGGAGGUGCUACGUGAUGGAAAUUCGACCAAGUGGGGAAUCAGUGCUCAAUUAGAUGCCAAAUAUCACCCUUUCUCUUUCCACAAAAAUCCUACCAAACAAAUAAGGAAGAAGUUAUCUUUACGCAAAAGCAUCUUCGUGUAAAGGGGUCUUCUUUCUAAACCUCACAAAAAUCAUGACAAAAAAAGUGUGUCAAAUCUUUAAUUUUCACUACCUGGGUUUUACUGGGAAUCAGAAUUGACUAAUUCAACUCUACCCACAAGUCAAAUUCAUGGUUAAAUUUGAGCCCUUAAAUCGAGUCAAAGAAUAGAUAAGAAGUGGAGCAGAGGAUGCACACCAGGUGUUCGACGAAAUGUCCAACUGAAAUGGAAUUGUCACUGUUUUUAGUGAAUUUCUUCUGAUGGAUGACAAUUGACAAAGGAGUAUUAAAAGGGCCAAAAGAUAAUCAUAUGAGCGCAGCUAAUCCCAAACAUUGAUGGGUUUAACCGCUUAAGCAAGCCUUGUUUAUUAAAUUUGAGCAUGGUUUCACUCCAAGCUUUAUUAAUGGCUGCUUUUGAUGUAUGCAGAGCUCAUUAGUCAAUGACUCAAUGUUCGUCUUGAUUGUUUAGCGUUAAGAUUGGGGAUUUUAAGUAAUUGCAGGGCGAUGAAUAGAAGUUCAGUUAAGAGGGGAUUUGUGUGUGCUUUUGACUUUUAUUGAAUUUGACAAGCACAAGAAUACAAGAUGCUAUGAUAAAUCUUUUUAAAAAAUUGCAAGAGAGCGAGAAAUGAAAGGAUAGUUUGAUCCCAUACAUGCUCAAUACUGAGCAUUAAGCUCGAGCUCUAGCUUGGAUCGUUUAUCAGUCUUCGAAUUUUUUCAAAUGAAUUGAGUGGAGCUUGAGUUAUUUGGAAGUGAACUAUUUGACUUGGUUUCCGACUGCAAUAGUAGGUCUUAUAACAAUGGACAUGGUCAUAGGACAUAGGAGUACAGUUUAUAAGGUCACCAAGUGGUUCAUGUGUAAAGCUAUUCAUUGUAUGACCAAAUAUGAAGCAGACUCCUAUGCUGUGAUGGUAUGAUGUUAUUAAGUGGAUGAAAAUAUUGAUAAAUGAUAUUGCUUCCAAGAACCGUUAUGAGUUCGAUAUGCAUAAGAUCGACUGGCUUGUCCCCUGUGAUUAUUAGUUCAGCAGGAUUUGUCCUAGUUUUAGGAACCUUUCCUGAAAAACUGCAGCUUCGGAUAACAUGAGAGUUUGCUGGAGGAGAAGUUUGAAGAUCCCUAUAUUCAUUUUGACUUCAGUAUAAGUUUCCUGAUAGGGAGUUACAGGAAUAAGACGACCAUGGACUAUAUCAUUAAUCUAUAGUUUCAACAUGUGGAAGAUUUGGCGUGAGGAAUCUUUUAUAUUAAAUGUCGAUAUAUUAUAUAUAUGAUAUAGGUCCAUGUAUGCUAUGGAAUAUUUGCUGGGUCAGAGGGGGCUGGUUACGAUGUGGCGAUGUGCGCAGCUCAAUGAUAGGAGGACAGAGAUGGAGAGAGUGGUGGGGACGCUCCUCCUUUCAUUGUUCUGUACCAAGGAUUUCAUCCCUGUUAAUUUACUGAAGCUUAUCUCAUGUUUGAGUCAACUGCUUUGUUUUCUGUCCAUGAAGAUUGUUUAUAUUGGGUUUUGGGGCGUGUAACAUUUCCUCAUUUUAUAAGGUAUGCUGCAUGACAUCAAAGCGUUGUAGGACGGCCAAUGCUUACAGUAUAGUAUUUUCCUCUUCAUAAAAAACUGUGUGUGCUAUGCGUUGCAUAUUAAAUUAUCCUUGACGUCGUCUUCUUAUCUCUUCUAUUGGUAUUCAAUCUUCAUUGGCAUAUGAUUUAUAGUACAUUAAGAAAAACUUAAAAGUCUUAUAAAUUUGGCCUUAUUCAUCUUGAAGUUGACUGUGGAUGCUAUGAUAUCAUUACAUUAGGAAUUUGGUUAAUCAUAAGCAUUAUAUUAGGAUGUUAUGCUGCUCUAGUGGUUAUCCAUACCGAGAACAUUCAGCCGGCCUCAGGCCAGCUUCUCCAUCUUGUUGAUUUUUUUUAUUUAUAGUAAUAUUGACUUACCUAACUGGAUCAUUGUUCUUGUUCUCGGAUAAAAGAAUUAAGAAUCUUGGUCUUGAUUUAGCCGAAAAUCAUAAAUACAGAAAAAUAGGCAAUGCUCUUUUGAGAUAAGUUAUUUAGGGGAAGGAAAGUGGAAGGGAAGAAAUGACAGACCAAUGUACCAGGCUUUGUCUCCCUUUGACAUUUAAGUUACACCUCUUGGUGUUAGUAUUUCUUCCUGCACUUAGUUUGGCUCAGUCAAAUUGUAUCCUCUUCAAUUUUGGGGAUUCAAAUACUGAUCCUGGAGCUCUAAUAGCUGCGUUUGGUUUGUAUCUAGGUCCUCCGACUGGCCAACAGUUCUUCCACCGGCCCACUGGCCGCUUCUGCAAUGGUCGACUGUACAUUGAUUUUAUUUGUCAAAGCUUGGAGAUAAAAUUUCUGAGUGCAUAUUUAGAAUCUUCUGGUUCAGAAUUUUCUUAUGGUGUGAAUUUUGCUGUGUCUGGUGCUUCGACUGUAGUUAGUGGAAACAAUCCGUUCUCACUGUCCACUCAGACAGGGCAGUUUCGUCAUUUCCAGAAUCGCACAAGAGAGCUCAGGGAACAAGAUGAGGGAUCGGUGAUCAGUGAAGAAAACUUUAGGAAUGCUAUUUAUUCGAUUGAUAUUGGACAAAAUGAUAUUACUCUUGCUUUUAGGGCGAACUCGAGUUAUCAACAUGUUAUCAACACGAUUCCUUCUAUUCUUGAGAGAAUUGAAGAGUCUAUGAAGGCAUUAUAUAGACUUGGUGCUAGAAAGUUUUGGGUAUACAACACUGGGCCAAUAGGCUGCUUGCCGCAAACUCUAGCAUUGCAAAAGAAGAAUGACAGUGAAGUUGAUGAAUUAGGGUGCCUGAAAGUUUAUAAUAAUGCUGCAAAAGCUUUCAAUGAAGGGUUGAGAAACCUCUGUGAUAAAAUAAGAUCAGAACUCCAAGAUGCUAUCGUCGUGCACACUGAUAUGUUUGCUAUCAAAUAUGAUCUCUUCGCCAAUCCAGGGAAAUAUGGCUUUGAGAACCCAUUAAUGGCUUGUUGUGGAAAAGGAGGACCUCCAUAUAACUAUGUGGAUAAGAAGGCUUGUGGUAGAUCACCUUCAGUAACUGCUUGCUCUGAUCCCUCUCGUUCUGUGAUCUGGGACGGAGUUCAUUAUACUGAGGCAGCCAAUGCUGUCACUGCAUCAAAGAUUUUGUCAGGGGAGUACUCUGAACCAUUUAUUAGGCUGGAAAGUUUAUGUGGAGGGUAUAUAUUGUAGCCCUCAUUUUCGGGGUUUCUCGUAGAAAGCCAAGAUGCUGGAGUUUGUGUUAUGGUUUCAUUCAAGUGAACAAGAACAUUUGUUCAUGUUCUACACUUUUAGCUACCAGCUGGUUGCAAUACCAGCUUGCUUGAAUUAUCAUCUUUGUUUACUGUUUAAAUACUGCAGUAAUGAGACGUUCAGAUGUAAAUGUGUAAGUAUGCAACUAAACAAUAUUUGUCCAUCUUUCACAAGAAAUCAUUGUCUUGUAAAUGUGCUAAGGCUUGUAACAUUGAUUUUAUCAUUUUAUUAAUUCACCGAGGUUUUUUCCAUGUAA